AUGGAGACAUGGAGUUUAUUUUUGGAUCAUUUGCACUUGCACGUUGUCAAGGGUCGUAGAGGUGUGGCAUUGAUUUCAGAUAGGCAUCACGGAAUACUCUCAUCCGUGUAUAAUUCUCCCAAUUGGCUGGCCCCAUUUGGGUUUCAUCGUUUUUGUUUAAGACAUUUGAAGGCCAAUUUUCAAAAAAAAUUCAAAAAUGUCAUUUUAAACAAUCUUUUAUGGGCAGCUGCAAAUCACUGUCAGGAGAAAAAGUUUUUGGAAAGAAUGGAGAUGAUCAAGGAGAUUAACCCGGAAGCGUAUGUGUGGUUAAUGAAGAACGAUCUUGACAAAUGGACAUUGCACAGGGAUGGAGGUAGGAGAUGGGGCAUGUUGACAACAAACAGUUUUGAGUCAUUCAAUGGUCUUCUUAAGUCAGCCAGGGGCCUGCCAGUUACUGCAAUGGUAAGACUCACUUACAAUCAGAUUGUGAACCGAUUUGUUACAAGAUCAAAAUUUGUCAAUCAGCUGGUACAACAAAAGCAACAAUGGAUGCCUAAACCAUUCAAGAUUUUUGAGGAUAAUCGAAAAAAGUCACAGCGUCACACACUUAUCAACUAUCACCAACAAAGGGAAAACAUAUUUGAGGUGCAGACACAUAUGCAUCAUGGCAGUGGUGGUAAUAAGCACAUUGUAAAUGCAUCACAAGGAAAAUGUCAAUGUGGUAAAUGGCAAUCAUACCACAUUCCGUGUUCUCAUGCAAUAAAGGGAUUUGACCAAAUUGGGUAUCAAACAUGGGAGCAUAUGGCACCAGAAUUUAGCGUGCAUAGCUACAAAAAAGCCUACUCUGGACAAUUCAAUCCACUCGGCGGUGAAAAAUAUUGGCCUGAUAGUCCUUUUCUUAUGAUAGCAAAUAAAAAAUAUUUACGAAAAGUGGGCGUAAAUAAAAUCACCCAUAUACAUAAUGAAAUGGAUGUUCCCGCAAGUACACUUACUCGCAAAUGUUCAACGUGCAAACAAAUAGGCCAUGAUAGGCGUAACUGUCCUUCACAAGCUCGAAACGCCUCAUAUGGUGGUAGUAGCUAA